AGCAAUAAUAAACAACAUGGCUACCCUGUGACCCUACAAUAAAAUAAGAUAUUCAUUGUUCAUUCUAUUCAAUUUUAAAGUGACUACAUUUGUUUUCUAAUUAAAGAACAGAAAAAUGGCUUUAUCUAGUAGUUAUUCAAGUGAUGACAACUUUUCAAUAUCUGCAGAAAAAUACCUAGCCAAGUAUGAUGUUCUGGUGUACUUAGAGGACAGUAUGGCCCAACUGUUGGAACACAGAGAAGAAAAUCCUAAAGUUGUUGCUUCUAAAUUUCUUUGUGAAUACUUCUGCAGCCUGCGAGAUGGCAAUCACACCAUGUUCAGAGAAUUUAACUUUAUAAGGAAGACGGCACACAACAGAGCAUCUUUUGUUCAUCUAUUCUGGAAAUGUUUCAGACACAUUGGGAAAAAAGGAGAUCUGCUGAGUAUCCAGGAAUAUCAUUCCCUGCUUGGUUUACUCUGUCCAGAUUUCCCCUUUCAGCUGGUGCAGAAAACUGCCAGAAUUGUUUUAAUUGAUGAUGCACUAGACUGCUUGAUCUCUUUCUCUGAUUUUAUUUUUGCCUUUCAAGUUCAAUUUUACUAUGAGGAGUUCCUGGAGAAGACGUUUGAGCUGUACCAAGCCCAGCUGCAGGCCAUGCACAGUCCCAGGGACCCAGUCAUUGUCCCAACCUCAGGGGAGAGUGAGGUCAGAGUUCACCAGAACCAACACCUGCCCUCAGAUGGAGUGGACGCUGCCCACUUCUUUAGGGCCAUUUCCCCUUUUUUAGGGAACACUGUGGAUUUUAGUACACCUUCAGCCAGCAGUUUAAAAGAAAUUCUCUUCAGUGUUUCAAGGAUCUCCUUUUAUGGUUUUCUCAUGGCAGUGGCUAAAUCUGACGCCAUCAAUGCACAAAUAGGACGUCUACCAGACAAGGCUCAGCUGCUGGAGGGAGCAGAUCUGGAACUAGCGUCUCGGUUGGAUGCGUAUGACCUUCAUGCUCGCUAUAGGUGUGCUAAACAACUGAUAAACAAACAAAGAAGUGAAAAAGUUCAAGAAAACAUAUCUAGGCCAACCAAAACCCAGGCCAGUGCUGAUCCUGCUGUCAAGUACACAGAAACUCUACCCACAAGACCAGAGACAAACCUCACCAAGCCAGGCGCGCAGGCUUUACCCACAAGACCAGAGACAAACCUCACCAAACCAGGCACGCAGGCUUUACCCACUAGACCAGAGACAAACAUUAAACCAGCAGCCAUGCUCAAGAAACCUACCAACCCAUAUAAGAAAAAUCUACCACCAGUGGUGCUGCUGUCUGACACAGAUUCUGGAACUUCCACUGACUCAUCAGAUACAAAUUAGCCACAAACUCAUCAGAUACAAAUUAGCCACAAACUCAUCAGAUACAAAUUAGCUUCCUAACUGCAUGGUUUGCAAUACUAGUCUAUAAUAUAGGCAAGAGAAUACUUCCUUAAUUAAGCAUGUAGAUGGAAACUACAAGAAGACAUGACUGGCUGAAUUCAAGGUGAACCUGCACAUUACUGAACUCAUAUCUGAAAGGCAAAGAAGAAGUCACACUAAUUUGCACGAAAUAUUUGUUUUUGUGAGAAAAUCAAAUUUUAAUGUUGAUACAGUUGAUUUUGUACAUUAGUAAUAUAUAUGCCUAAGUUUUGAAUUUGAAAAAAAAAUCAUAUAUUGUUGUUCCUAUUAUUAAUGAUUGGGUGAAUGCGCAUAUGAAACUGGUGGGGUUCAGUACUUCCAAAAAGGUUAAGAAUCUCUGUUGGCCCAAUUUCAUUUUUAAAAAACAUUUCAAAUAGUACAUAAUCAGUUUUGACAGCAGUAGGAAUUUUUUUACUUGUCCUAAAUUGUUAAAUGUUUUGUUAAACGUUUGGUUAGCAUGUUUAUCCAGUUGGCGUAGGUGAGCUAUAAUUUGUCGUCUUUGUCCAGUUGUGUGAUGGGUCAGCCCG